AUGGCAUUGAGUGACGAGCAGAAGAAAGAGAUAUCUUACAAACGUGAUCGGUUAAUCCGUGAAUUGAAGGAGCUUCUAGGGACUGAUGGCAUAUUCCUAUUCCCCAGCUGGCCAUGUACGGCUCUGUAUCACAACCAACCACUCUUGGCCCCAGUCAACUUUGGAUACACGGCUUUGUUCAACGCUAUCGCUUUCCCGGCUAUUGAGUGUCCGAUGGGUUUGGACAAGAAUGGAUUACCGCUAGGGGUACAGAUCGUCGCAGCGCCAAAUUCAGAUCGACUCCUUAUCGCAGCCGCUAAGGAUCUCGAAGAAGGUUUUGGUGGAUGGGUACCAGCUGGACCGCUCUGA